GUGUAGUGCAAUGUCACAACAUAAAACAUGUUAAAAAAAGGGGCAGUUGCAACAAAGAGGAAAAUUUUAGAGACAUUAAGUAGUUAAACUACUUUUCUGAGAGUUUUUAAAUAACAGAAAGUGAGAGCUGUGAGUUGUUUAUAGUGAUAAAGUGUACUCUGAAGGUGUUUUGGACUCGUUCGUUGCUAUUGUAAAGUCCUAUGAUGUCAUCUACUCUACGAACCCUGAUGGCAGGAUACCAGAUAACAUAUUUUAUUUUCAUCAGCUCUUUGUUGGUACAUACUCACUCAGCUGAUAAUAUCUACUCUGCCGAGAUGCCUCAGACAGUAACAGCUCUGACAGGCUCAUGUGUGCAGAUUCCUUGCACAUUCAACAUCUCCAAUUUUGAGGACAAACGUAAAACGGCAAAAUCUAUUUAUGGGAUCUGGCUAAAAAACAAAUCACAGUUUGCAGAUGAAGACAGUUUUAUAGCAUUUAAUAGCAGUAAAAACAUCAUUAGAGGAUUCAGUGACGUACAGAUGACUGGAAAUCUCAGUGAGAGCAACUGUACAACUGUCUUCUACAACAUCAUGAUGAAUCAUUCAGACAGCUAUUACUUCAGACUGGAAAUGGAGCCAAAUGUGUUCAGAGCAACAUUUAACCCCAGUACAGAUGUUUCAAGAAAGACUGUGAGGAUCAAUGUCAGAGAUUCACCUCAACCUCCUGAACUUAAACCCAAUGAUCUGAAAGUGAUGGAGGAAACUACAGUCAAUCUGAUCUGCUCUGCUGAAGCCCCCUGCCCCAAACAACCUCCUACAAUAUCCUGGUCUAACAUCCCUGAAUCUGCUCACAUUACAACACAAUUACAAGAGAAACCUGAUAAAAACCAGUCAGUGUUUUCAUACAUGACCUUCAAAGCUUCAUACAAAGAUCACAGAAGGAACAUCUCCUGCACUGCUACAUAUCCAAGAAAUACACCUGUUGCCUCAACUGUGGAGACUAUUGUAAUGCUACGAGUCCUGUUUCCUCCAAAAGGAACUUGCGUCAUCAUUACUCCAUCUGUUGGCACUAAUGUGACUUUGACCUGCAAAAGCCGCGCCAGUCCAUCAAAUGACUUGAACUACACCUGGUAUAAACAUGGAGAGGAGAAACCUAUAGCUUGGGGAAUGAAGAUUAAUUUAACCAAAACUCAGAAUCAAAUAGGAUCAUACCAUUGCAUUGCACAAAAUAAAUAUGGAAAACAGUCAUCAGAAGAGGCCCAGUGCGCAGUUAAAGGACAGAGUGGACUCUCUCAUCUGGUGAUAUAUGGCUGUACAGGAGGACUUUUGGCUUUUGUUCUGUUGUCUGCAGUAUUCUUCUACUAUAUGAGAACAAAGGCUUCAAGACAGGCCCAUGUCAUAGGAAGUGAUCAGGCUGAGGAUAAAAACAGAGACACAACGGCUAUCUAUACUAACAAUGCCACUGCGAUCAGCAAGAAUGACGAGAAGAAAGAAACUGAUGAGCUCCACUAUGGUGAAAUUGACUUUUCCAAACUCCAGACAGGCCACAAGACAAGGGAACAUUCAAACAAUGGCCCAGAGACAGAGUAUUCUGAACUUCAAGUGACAGAGAGAAAGAAACAAAUCAACAGCGCUCAGAAAAUGGACGAACUUUAUGCUCAGGUUCAGAAAAAGUGAUUUUGUUAAAUCUUGCUCUUGUGUCAGUCUUGGGACAGUCACCAGUUUUCACAAAUCCCAUAAUUACAUCUCUUUUGACUGGUGUAACAUUGUCUAAAUAAUGGGUCCCACUUUAUAUUAAGUGUCCAUAGUAACAACAUGUGAACGUAGUAUGUAACCACAGUGCGAGUACACAUUGGUACAUAGUAUCUACAGCUGUAAUAUUUCUGUAACUGCACACAUGUAACAACCCUCAGGAUGGUUUGUGUAAGUACAAAUGUGUAACAGGAAAUUGGUAACAACACUUUUUCUUACUUCACUAAGUACUCGUGUAACAGGAAUUAUAUAACUACAUUUUGUAACAACAUGUAUAAGAGUAAUUUGAAUCAUUUGAUUCAGGGGAUGUAGAUAGGUUUAGGGGUUAAAAUGGGAUCCAGGGGGUGGGGAUGGGUAGGUUUUUGGAUAUGUAAAGUGAGAGGAGUUGGAUCUCAAGUUGGAGUUGGUGGAC